AUGGGGUCUUUGGAAGCUCCCAGGCACAGAGAUCCGUUGCCCGCGAUAGGCUUCCUCGGCAAGGACGCCGGGUACACUCCUAACCAUCCUGCCAGCGCGACCGCUUCUCCAACACCUCUGAUGAGCCCCAACACCAUGUACGCCGGACAACCACUUCCUUACUCCUACGCACCCCCGGCCACCAGCGCACCGCCGCAGCCCGGGUAUACCUCGCCGCCAGAGUCGCGUCGGGUGAUGGAGGACGAGAAGGACAGGCAUACUCCCCGGCAGUCCCUGCCAUCGAUCCACGAGGCCCUGGGCAACGAUAACCCCCUCCCUUACCCAGCACCAACAUCUGCGCCGCCCUCGCAGUCCACCCACACCGCACCGCAUUCGCACUUGAUCGGACGCAGCAGUGGCGAAGGUCCAGCGGGUCCUCCUAACCCUUUCAAUGGCCCGGCCACGGCGCCACUGAUGCGGGAACCCGGGUUCCCGCACCAGGCCGAGGCAUCGCGCACGAGUCUCACGUCCAUCAACACGCAAGAAUCACGAAAUGCGUCACUACAGUCGCUCAGUACGGGCAAGUCACCGACGCAGAGCGCAAAAACUGGCAUCACCUCCGUCUCGGGCUCUCAAAAUUCCGGUUAUGAGUACAGCGCGCCUCCCUCAGCCGGCAGCGUCGCCUCGCCCAACGGCUACUCCCAUUUUCCUCCCAACUACUCCUUUCAAUCCCAAUCUAAUGGCCCCGCCUAUGCACCAGCUCCGUUCGACAAUCGUCCCUAUAUGGGGACGCCUCGCAUGGAUGAAGCAAAGGGGGCGUUUGUGGGCCGUCCGAUUCCCGGACAGCCCCAUAGCGACUCCGUAAAACGGCAUCUGGACGUCUACGAUGUGGAGACGUCUCUCAAUGAGAUUGCCGAAAUGAGCACGCGAACACUGGACUUUUCGCGGCACUACGCGACCCGGGCGCACCAGACACAACGGUCUGGGCCGGUCUUGGGGUCUCUCCCUUCGCUGAAUGAGGUGGAGGACAUGCUCCACAUACAGCGGCGGAACCAAGAUGCCCUGGUGCGGAUACGGACGGCGGUGGUGAACCAAGAACAAGCACUGGCGGAGCAGAUGGCCCAGCGCAGUGCGUUCAAGCCGGGCGACGAUGACCACAUGGCCAUGUACCAGGAUGGGUUCAAGGGCGCAGGCGGGUUCGCAGGUGCCGACCCAAAGAAACGGCGUGGAAAGGCGGCCCCUCCUGGUCGUUGCCACAGCUGUAACCGAGCCGAGACGCCAGAAUGGCGUCGGGGUCCAGAUGGAGCCCGAACGCUGUGUAACGCGUGCGGACUGCACUAUGCCAAGCUGACGCGCAAGAUGGGCGUCAAAGGCACCACGUCCCUGGGGUCGAACCUCAAACCCAAGGCUGUCGACUCGGCAUCGCCCACCAGUCAUUAA